CUCCGAGCGCCCGCCCGGCGCCGCCGCGAUGCUGCAGCUGCGGGACGCGGACGAGUCCGGCCCGGCCGGCGGCCCCGGCAGCCCCGGCAACCCCGGGGCCGCCACGCUGGUACCGGGUGGGGCCGGGCCGCCCUUCCAGCCGGCCGCGCCGCCGGCCCGGCAGACGCUGCGGCCGCUGAGUGUCCGCACCGCGGGCCGCGCCGGCCGCCUGCGCCAGUACUUCGUGUUCCGGCCCGGCACCAUCGAGCAGGCGGUGAGCGAGAUCCGCGUGGUCGUGCUGCCCGCCGAGGACGGGGAGGUGCAGAGCGUGUGGCUGCUCACCGAAAUCGAUCACUGGAAUAACGAGAAGGAGCGGCUUGUCCUCAUCACGGACUGGUCCCUCCUGGUCUGCAAGUACAACUUCAUCAGCCUGCAGUGCCAGCAUGUGACCAGGAUUGCCCUCAGUGCCGUGGACACCAUCUCCGUGGGGGAGUUUGAGUUCCCACCCAAAUCUCUGAACAAGAGGGAAGGUGUCGGUAUCCGCAUCCAGUGGGACAAGCAAAGCCGUGCCUCCUUCAUCAACAGGUGGAACCCCUGGUCCACCAACAUCCCCUACGUGACCUUCACCGAGCACCCCAUGGCAGACGCAGACGAGAAGAUCUCAUCCCUGUGCCGGCUGGAAAACUUUCAAACACAGCUGAUCCAGGCUGUGAAGAAAGCCCACAAGGAGGGCCCGGUGCCGGGAAGUGCUAACGGGGUGCUGGUGCUGGAGCGGCCCAUCCUCAUCGAGACCUACCUGGGACUGAUGUCCUUCAUCAACAACGAGGCCAAGCUGGGCUACUCCAUGACAAGAGGCAAAAUUGGAUUUUAAACCCCCUUGCGAGUCACCUGUUCAAGGGCAAGUGAGUUGCUGGUGGUACUCUGGGGAGAGGGUGCUGAGGGCACAGCACGUGAUAAAGCAAAGUUGCCAGGGGAAGGAAAGGAAAGGGGGAGGUUGUAGAACGCUUCCCAGGUUGUUUGGGAAUGCACAGGUUGGAUUUGAAGCAGACUCAGGGUGGUGUCAGUCUUGUAUUUUGUACUUGAUUUACAGCCCUCACUGGUCCUUGUGCAGGGUGAAUGAGCAGUGGUGUGUUCUGUGUCCCAGUGCCUGCUCUUCCCAGUCCAUGAAGUGCCAUUGGAAUCUGCUGAAACCCCCAGUCCACAGCAGAACCUUUGUGCCACGGCCCUGCUGUAUCCCUGUGUACGGUGUCAAAUCCUGUCGUGUGCUUGGGACUGCUUUGUGUUGUUUAAGAGGAAUUGCUGCUCCAAUCGCCAUGAUCUCAGUGCUCUGAUUAAUGCCUGUUAGGAAUUUUCAAAGCUGUCAGUCAGUCUUUAACAGUAUUUGCUGGCUUUUGCUAAAGCUGCACUGUUCCACCAGCUCAGCAGCAGUUUGUGAACUCAAUAUGCAUUUCUGAGCUUCUUGUAAAAAUCCCUCUAAGAACCUACUUUAACUUCCUCUCUACUUCUGUUUCUUUGCUGCAGUCACAGAAUAAAGACUGUUGUGAGAGAACAUUGCCAAAAGCCUCACAAACACGUUUGCCUUCAAAGCUGUUCUUUGUAGAACUGAAAAGGAAUUCUAUUUUGGUUAGAUUGAUACUCUUAGCCAUUUUUCUUAAAUCUACUCUAGUUUGGACCAGGACUUUUUAAUGGAGACAGAGAAAACUUUCAGCACUGUGUGUCAGCCUUGGGCGAUACAUUCCUGCACUGAACCUCUCAUCCAGGGAUGAAAUUCAGAAGCAGCCCAAGAGAUUACAGCUGUAAUUGCUCAGGAGGUGACUCUAACAAGCUUUUUCCUUGUGCAUGACCUCCUCUCCAUGCCCUUUCAUCAGAGCCUUUAUCUUCUAGAUGAACACUGUGCUGCACUGGUGAGGUUUUUUGACUUUAAUGUAGGUGAGUGUUUGUGAAACUCUUGUUGCAGUCAAUCCUGGCUCCAGCUUUCCAAGCUUUUCCAUGCAUUUUCUAAGUUACCUGUUCAAUUUUCAUUACCCUUCCAGUAAAGUUGAAAUUUAACUCUUA